UUGUUAUAAUCAAAAUGAAAAAGUGGAACGUUCUACAAACAGUUGUUACUUCUCCGCUCACUGAAACUAAAAACGAUACUGGUACUGGUAAAUCGCAAAAUGCAGAUAUCAAACAAGAAGAAAAUAAAACUGAAAAAUGUUCCAAGAAAUAAAAUGCAAAAAAUGCCGUAAAACUAUCUUUAGCCCAGAUCUCAUCAAAACUAACCUAAUUUUAAAUGCCCAUGGUCGUCCAAUGGAUAAUUCUAGAGUUUGUGAUAUUAACGUUGAAGAAACCAAUAUAUUUAUAAAUGACGAGAAUCUUCCUAGUUGGAUAAAAGAUCGAAUUGAAGCUGAAGAAUGGUCUAAAGGUAGAAUUAAUUGCCCUAAUUGUGAUUCAAGAAUUGGUAGUUUUGAUUAUGUGUCUGGACAAAAGUGUGCAUGUUUUACUAAUUUGUUGCCACCUAUUCAUUUUAUAAAAAGUAAAAUAGAUUUAAUCAAAAAGUAA